CGCAAACCCUUCCUACUACAUGAAGUAUCAUUAUUUUGCUUAGAAACCAUGAAAGAUGAACGAUCAACACAACAAAUUUUGAUUUUCGUUCAUUUAUUCAUUUGUGCUGUGCUUUUGUUGAAAAUGAUGAAAUAAGCGUUGAUUUGGAGGAAAAUUAUUUAAUGAUUGCUAUUUCUUGCUCUUCCUUUGUAGAACAGGCCAUAUGUUGAACUUGACAGAAAGUGUAAAUGGCAAAUUGAACAUCGUUCUGUCUCAAGGUUUUGAAAGUCGCUUACACAAAUAUGGAGAGGUAAUGCAGCACCAAGAUAAAAAGAACUCAAUAAUACCCAAGCAAAACAAUAAAAGUUUGUCAAGAAAGUCAAAUGAAGGUGUGCUCCAGUUGAAAAAAACAGAUAUAAAAAAUAAAAAUCCCUCUAUAAGAAGCAGUAAACAGAUUAAUUCAUUAAAAUUAUCAUCAAAAUUUAAUGAAAAUGUGUUGGAAAGCCAAGUUAAAAGACGAAAGACUCCAAAAAAACAUGUUAAGUCUAUUGGCACUAAUAAUGAAGAAACAGCAGACUCUGUUACUCAGAAUGAACUGGAAAUAUCAAAGAAAAAUCUUGAUAUGUGCAGUAACAAUAGCUUAGAAACAGACCAUAAUAAAGAUAUAAAGGAAGAAAAUAUCCAUGAUAAGAAAAAUAUAAACUAUUCAGACAGCAAGGCAACCUUGCCUGCUCCUUUAAAAGUUGAUAUUGCAAGGGAAGAUGAUUUGAAAAAAUUGAAUUUAGAUGAAUCUAAAAAACCUUUGGCCUUGAGGAGUUCAUUUGCUAUUGGGGCUCCUGGUUUAGUGAUUAACAAUCCCCUUGAGGACAAAGCAGCAAAACACAAACAAUGGGUGAAAGAGUUAGAACAGCAAAUAAAAGACAAGAAAGAAAGAGAUGCUCAAAUAUACAAAAAUGAAUUUUCUUUUCCUGCAUCUCAGAAAGAGGAUCGCCAUAAAUUCAUAAAAAACGAUCAAUGCUCAACAAACUCAGACGCUAUUACCUCUGAACCUAAAGAACCAUUAAACAGAGUAUGUAAUGAGCAUGCGCGAGGUCGGGGCUUAAUCAGUAUGCUAGCUGAAGAUGAAGUGGACGAACGGAAAAGAAAAGUUUUGGAACAUCAGAAAGCGAUCGAACGUCAAGUAGAAGAUCGACGACAAAGGAAGAUGGAAGACCGAGAACGACUUAUUCGUGAAGAAGUAUUGGAAGAAGAAAGAUUAGCGAAAGAAAGAGAAAAACUACAUGGUCAAUUUCAGCAAGAAAUUUUGAAAAUGAAAGAAAAAGAGGAGAAAACCAAACGUCGUUCUGAAAUUUUACAUGAAAGCAUUUCUAAUGCAUUUCAAUCUGCUCAACAGGCAAAACACGAUAAGAGAAAAAAACAUGUCAAUCAAAACAUAGAAGAUAGUAAAACAUUGCAUAAUCUAAAUGAUGAAGUUGACAAGAUAGAAGACAAUCUUAAGUACGAAGCAAGCAGCAAAACUCCUUUAGAUGUUGAAGUAUCAAUGUCUUCUUUAAACGAAACCACAGACAACGAUCCUUCGGAACAGAAAAUAUCUCAUUCUAUUAUUAAUAAAUGGAUCGACGAAGAUUUAGGUUGUUUGAAUAGCGAGAGUGGUGACAGAAAUAAUUUUUCACAGAAAGAUAUUUCUUAUGAGUAUAUAGUACCAUUUCACAGAACAGAAAGUACGUUGUUGACAUUACCACACGAUCAACUUAAUGUUCAUUUGACACAAUCAAAUAAUACAUCUCUCAAUAAUGCUUCGAGUGGAAAUAAGUUUCGACAAGUUGAUGUGAAACAUAAAGGACUGACGUCAAAACAUCAAGAGAAAAGAAAGAAAAUUACAAAGUCCAUUGUUAAGAAAAGCAUUCAUGGUAGUAAUGAUGUAAAACAAUCGCGAGAAAACAUUGAAAUGUAUGAAGAAGAGAAAAUAGAAAAAACUUCAUCUCAGAUACAAGAAACUGUCAUACCAAGUCAUGUUUUGGCGACGUUUCAACCGACAGCUCAUCAAGAGAAUAUACUUCUUCAAUUGGCUACUUUACGAAAGGGACUUUUAAUGAAAGAUGAAGAAAUGAAGACGAGAUUAUACAAAAUGAAAGACUACGAAGUUAAAGUGUAAAAUUGUUUUUUCUAUCUUCUGUAUGUCUCUAUCAUUUAAAUUCCAGAAGGAUUUAAAUUUACCCUAAUUAUUUUUCAAAUUUUGCGAUUUUCAAUAUUGUUCAAUCUCUUUUCAAACAAUUUAUGACUUCAAAUAUUAUGUAUCUGUGACUAAAGACAUAGUUUUUCGUAUUAUUAUCAGUCUUUUCACAGAGAGGUUUAUGAUAUUGUCUGAAAAAACUAUGAAGAGUAAGUUGUGGUUAUUUGUAGUUAUAAGGAAGGCAGUUAGGUUAAAACGUUACAAGCCGAACAAAAAAUCGUCUCAAAAAAAAGGACGGGAAAGCUAUUUUUUACGUUUUGGUAGAAUGUUUAACAAUGUACGUAAGUUUAUCUAGAUAGAUAUAAUAUAUAACGUAGCUAGCUUAGAGAAAUUAUCGAGUCUUAAAUCAAAAGAAUGAUGAAUAUUAUGGCUA